GGAAGAUAUGAGUCAUCUUUUCAGACAUAAUGAAGGAGCAAGUAUGCUUUUAAUUGUAUUUCUUUUUGAUUAGAUCCCGCAUUAAGCAUUCCAAGUCCAUAGCCAAAAGAUUAUGAUUGGGUCUUGAUAUCUGGAUUUAUAGUAAUUUUGACACAGGUUGGAUUUGCAUUCAUCGGUGCAGGUUCAGUGAGAUAUAAAAAUGCUUAAUCAGUUGUAAUAAAAGUAUUUUUGGGAUUAUUUUUGACAAUAUUAAUUUGGUGGUUGGUAAUAUUUAUUUUCUAAAUUUAGUUUGGCUAUGGUUUUUCUUUUGGAGAUGAUUUCUAGACCAAAUUUUUGGGAGGUACAAAAUUAGGAGGUUCCAAAUGGGAAGCCACUCAAUAUGGAAACGAUUAUACCAAUUUUGGUAAUGGAUUAAACUUAUAUACAUAACAGUAUUCAGAGCAGCAGGAGCAGCAUUUGGAAUUGCAAUUCUGGCUGGAGCAUCUGCAGAGCGAAUGACAUUCUUAGGAUGGUCUGUUUUAACCCUCGUCUAUUCUGGAUUUAUAUAUGCAGGUUUGACUCAUUGGACUUUGGCUGCAGGAUGGUAAAGCUGAUUAUCAAUAUUAAAAAAGGUUAUCAUCUUUAGGAUUCAAGGAUUUCUCAGGCGCAGGUGUAGUAUUUUUUGCAGCAGGAGCAGCAGGAUUGAUUUUGACUGUUAUCUUGAAGCCCAGAAAAACAAGAUUUGAUAAUGGAGCCACAUUAGAAUUCAGCAGACAUUCACCACUCUAUAUUGGAUUUGGAUCAUUGUUGGUGUUUGCUGGGUGGUUAUUCUAUAAUGGUGGUGUUGUUGCUUAAGGAUCUUAAACCCAAUAUUCUUAAGGUUUAGUUGCAGUAAAUACUUUGAUUGCUGGAGCCACUGGUGGAUUUGUUAGUUUUGUUAUCAGAUAUUUCUAAUAUGAAACCACGAAUUUGGUGGCAUUGUCAAGAGGAGUAGUCAGUGGACUCGUUGCUGUAAGUGCUGCUGCUGAUGAUAUGAAACCAUGGACUGCAUUCAUCUAUGGAUUUGUGGCAGCAUUAUUUUACAGUAUCUUAGCCAAAGCUACACCAUCAGUUCAUAUUGAUGAUCCUGCUGAGGUUAUUCCAGUCUAUCUUGUAAGAUAUCACACACUUAUAUUAAUUAGGGCAGUGGAUUCAUUGGAAUUUUCUUAUCAGGAUUUUUUGAUACUAAGGCUGGAGCAUUCUAUGGAUUUGGAUUCAAAUUGUUGGGUUAUCAAUUAUUAGGAUUAUUGAUAAUCUUUGCCUGGGUUGUUUUCUUUACUAUACUAACUCUCUUAGCAUUGAAAGGAUUCGGAGUUCUUAGAAUUGAUGAUGAAACAGAAAGAGUUGGAAUUGAUAAAUCUUAAUGUAAUGACUCAUUUCUAAAGUAUAGGCUUGGGUGAAGCUGUUGUAUUCGCUAACCAAGUUGAUGAAGCACCUCUUCUUAAACAAACUGAAUUAGCUAAUUUACCAAGUUAGUUAGGAUCAGGAUACAGAUCAGGAUUCAAAUGA